CACAAAUGUUAUUACUUUUGACAGGUUACUGGUGACAGGUUGCCCAAGCUACUCGCCUCCAUAUUUCCCAGUAAACUCCAAGGUUAACUCUGUCAAGUAAUUGGGAAGCCAGCCGGGGCAGCUGCCUCUUGUGUUCACAUUUCCCCAGGUGGCCACCACCGGAAGACCAGAAUCCCCUCUCUUUGAGCAAAGGUGCGCUCCGAGGAUUACCACAAGCUCCAGCCGGGGCCCGCUGGGGGUUUAUUUGAAGCAUGCAAGAGAACAACGUGGACCAGCCUACAUCAUUAUCUCAGCUCUUGAGAGAGAACUACUUGGCCGAAGCACGAGCACACCAGAGACACAGCGAGAUGAGUCGUUCCGACUCCUCCUCACGGCGCCUGGUCUACGGGCCCCUCAAAGGCAAGAUGGCGGACUCUGCGGGGCUGGACGAGCCGCAACACCAGCUCCCAGACCUCUCAGCCUUCCUGAGUCAGGAAGAACUGGAUAAGAGUGUUAACCUGGCCUGUCAGGCUAUCGGACCCGAGGCCCGCGAAGAGAGGUCAGAUGUCAAUGCCUCCGUCGCCCUCUCUGCCACCUCCGCCGCAUCCGACACUCCCGACACCCAGCCUGAUCCGGAAUUAAAAGAACCCCUACCAACACACCCGACAUUUUUGCCAGAGAGACGGCCAUACCCACCUCUGUCCCUCCAGGACAAUGCUAUAAGGACAGACGAACAGAUAUAUCAGCUGUCCCAACCGUCCAUCCAGGACAACUCGAUGAGGACAGACAGACAGUCUUUCCCACCGUCCAUCAUCCAAGAUAUUGCGAUGAAGAACAACCGGGAAGAUAUUAAGAGACUAGGGGCUGGGGGGAGGAACACCCCGGCAUUCGGCCUGGAGAACCAGUCCAAGAAGGAGUUCCUCAACAAGGCAGCGGACUUCAUCGAGGAGCUCUCCUCUCUGUUCAAGGCAAACAGCUCCAAAAGGAUACGGCCCCGAUCGUGCAAAGCCCAUAGGAGCAGAGCCAACAAGGGCCAAGCCGAUGGGAGCGUUUACUCCCUGAACGCAGACGACAGGGAACGGCCCAUUCUUCUCCAAGACUUCGAAAUGGAGAUGGAGAGGCCUGCUAAUCCCUUCUGCAUUCAGCCGCCAGAGGUCCAAGGUUUGGACAUGGACCCGGGGUAUGGGCACGCUGACUUCCCCAUGCAGGACUGCAGGACUACUGAGGAGCAGUAUGAUGACUCUGAGGUGCUGGAGGCGGAUGAAGUGGAUGAGGCUGAGAGCCCUGCCCUGGUGGAGCCUGCCCUGGUGGAGAUCACCCCUGGAGUGUACACAGCCGACCCCAUCUGUGAGCCCCCUCACUUCAUCCAGAAACUAAAAAGCAGGGAGGUGGCGGAGGGCAGCAAGGUCCAGCUGGACUGCAUUGUUCGAGGACUCCCCAUGCCCGAAGUCCGGUGGUUUUGUGAGGGGAAGGAGCUGGAGAACAGCCCUGACAUUCAGAUCGUCAACAACAGCGAGUUGCACUCUCUGAUCAUUGCCGAGGCGUUCGAGGAAGACACGGGGCGGUACUCUUGCUUUGCUUCCAACUUCUACGGCACAGACUCGACAUCUGCAGAAAUCUACAUCGAAGGCGCCUCCUCUACAGAUUCGGAGGGGGAACAACAUUUUGAACAUGUAGCACAGCUGCAGAGGACCUCAGCUCAACCGACUGCUCCAUCUUUACAUUCAGUGGUCUGUGCUGUGUCUGUUUGUGAGGAAGACACACCCAUCUGUACUAAAGAACAUCCACAGGAGGCCACCUCACUGCCAUCUUGCCAGGAGACGUCAGCACCGUUACCUGUCCAGUUAGUCUGUACUCUAGAUCUACCACCUGUGGACAUAGUGCCAGUACUGGCACAGGAGGUAUCAACACGGUCCCUGCCAACACUGUCACCUGUCCCAGUGACGUCCGCAACAUUACAGACAAAGACAGUCACUACCACGGCACUACCACUAACCCAGGUGGUUUCCUCUACACUGCCUGCCCAGGUGGCUCCCAUGCAGAUGACUCUAUCUGAGAACCUAAACGGUGACAGCUAUAACCUAGGUCUAGACGUCUAUCCUCAAGGUCUAGACGGGAGGCCGAUCAUCGCUGCCCCUGUUUUCACAAAGAGUCUGCAGGACCUUUUGGCGUCGGAGAGCCAGCUGGUGGUGCUAGAGUGCCGUGUUAAAGGGGUGCCCUCCCCCAAGGUGGACUGGUACAGAGAAGGAACCAUCAUAGAGGACUCCCCUGACUUCAGGAUCCUGCAGAAGAAGCCUCGAUCCAUGGCUGAAUCAGAGGAAAUAUGCACUUUGGUUAUUGCUGAGGUCUUCCCUGAAGAUUCUGGAACAUUCACUUGCACUGCAAGCAACAAAUAUGGAACUGUAUCCAGUAUUGCUGCACUAAGGGUGAAAGGCAAUGAUAACACCAACAACAACCACGUGAAAACUCCACACAAGUCCACACAAGUCCCAGAGCCCUCUUCAUUAGAUCUCACUCCCCCCAGUCUAAAGCUUCAUGCUGACGUUCCUGUGACCAACAGCAUCAAGCCUCACUCCAACACCAUCCGCCUGGAUCCGCUCAGUUCCAGCACGUUACGACUGGACCCUCUGAGCACCAGUACCCUCCGUCUAGAUCCUCUGAGCUCCAGCAUGCUGCGCCAGGACCCUGUCAGCAUCAGCAUGCCCAGCCUGGAUCCACUAAUCCUGGGCAGCAGCCCCAGGAUAGGCACCCGUAGCUCCAGCACAUCUUGUCUGGAUCCACUAUACCUGAGCACCCCUCACCCAGACCUGUCUACUAGCUCCAGCAGGCUACGUCCUGAGCUCAAGAGCAGUGGUGAGGUGCCCAAGACUGACCAUGAAGACUCCAGAGCCUUCUCAGUGUUAUCAGACCCUGCCGUUGGUCUGAGUCCUAAGGUGGAAGGGACUCCUUUCCAUAAACCUGAGCCCCCUCCCCCUGUAAACCUCCCUGAUCCCCCCACCUCCUCUUGCCUCAAGCCUGGGGUUCUGGUGAGCCACAAUGGGCCCAGGUCCAGCUCCAGGGUAGGCCUCCGUGUGCACUUUAAACUGCCUGAGAAUGAGACAGACAACGAGAGUGAAACAUCCGAUAGCCAUUCAUAUGAAGAUAUGUCACAGUUGGCCAAUAAGGAACCACCUCCAGUCCUGGCCAAGCCCAAACUAGACCCUGUCCAGCUGCAGCUUCUACACAACCAGGUGCUUAUGGAGCAGCAGCAGACUGACACUGAGCCAACCGGAGCCACCCAGAGCCAACCGGAGGCAUCAGCCUGGCCAGCCCGGGAGCAACCCGAGCCCCAGCCCCAGCUCCAGCAAAGCCUACCCCGUUCAUCUACCCCCAUGCCCCUGCAGUCCACCCACCCCUCACCCAUACUGACCAUAGCCCCAACACCCUUACUCAACUUCAUCCCUGUGACAACACUGAACACUACCCCUGCACCCCAGCUAAACACUAGUCCCCCUGCACCCCUGCUUAACAUUGCCUCUGCACCACUACUGAACCCAUACGCCACCCAAUCUUAUUUUCUUUCUUCUUCUUCUUCUUCUUCACCCCUGCUAAACACAAGCCAUGUACCACCAAUAAACACUACCUCUGCACUGCUACUGAACACAGACCCUCCUGCACCCAUUAUUGGUACCCUGCCAUCCCCUCCUCAACUGAAGACAGCUUCAUCUUGUAUGAGCUCCCCUCCAUCUGCCCCUCUGCUGAGCACUGUUCCUGCACCCUAUCUGCAUACCAGCCCUGCAUCCCCACCCUAUAUGACCCUGCAAAACACCACCCAUUCUUCCCAGCUGAACUUAGCCCCCUUAUCCCUGCCUAAAGCUAUUCACGUACCCCAGUUUAACACACCUCUCAUACCUCCUCUGAACACAGCCCCCAAAGCAUCUCUCAGCUCCAUCUCUGCAGCUUUCAACAGGGCCCCUACAACCAUGCAGAACACCUCCCCCUCCCCCCUUCUCAGAACAACUCAUGCCUCCCUCCUCAACCUGGCUCCCACGUCACAGAGCUUCAACUAUGCUAGGCCAAAAGAGUUUGUCACUGCCCAGACUCCCCUCUCUCCAGUCAGGAGUCCCUCCCCUACAGAGUCCCCAGUUCCGUUGCUCCACGAGCUGGCUGCCGAGCUCAACUCCUCCAACCCCAACCUGUUCUCUCCACAACCCAGAGUCUUCCCCACCAGAGUCCUCAAGUCACCCACUAGCCCCCCUUCCUUCAUGUCCUCCCCCACCUCCCCCACCCUUUUGCCUGCUGCCUACCUAAACUCUGUGUUCACCCUGCCACAGCAGUCACCCCCACAGGCAGCGUCCCCGACCUCCAGCACCUCCACUCCCAGCCCCAUCCAGAACCAUGUGGCCUUCCUCAGCUCUGUCCUGCCCUCUCUACACACCACACAAGCCACCAACUCUAUGGGCCUGCCCAGGAGUGCUCACGGGCCACCUCAAAGCAUGCAGAAGAAGUUGCCUACAAGCACUCGUCCUAUGUCAGAUGUUGACAUUCGUAGCAGUCAACAAACCCUCCUCCAGGAUAUGGAGAAAAAGCUUAGGUUCAAUGAAGAUUUUAUGCGUGGUCAUGUACAACAGAAGCAGACUACUUAUGAGGGGAAAACAGCGAGCAGACCCCUCGGACCAAACAUUCCUGCCACUGUCUUUAACUAUGACGAGGAGUACAAAGUGUCCAACUUUGAGCAGAGGCUGUUGAGUGAGAUAGAGUUCCGUCUGGAGCGCACGCCAGUCGAGGAGUCAGAUGACGAGGUGCAACACGAUGAGAGCCCGACAGGGAAGUGCGUCGCGCCCAUAUUCGACAGGAAGCUGAGGAACUUCAGGGCCAUGGAGGGUGUGCCUAUGACGUUCUCCUGUAAAGUGGUGGGGAUCCCCAUACCGAAGGUCUACUGGUUCAAGGAUGGCAAGCAGAUCUUGAGGAAAAAUGAUCAUUAUAAGAAGAUAAGAGAGGGGGACGGAACCUGUGUCCUACACAUAGAGGUCACCAAUAACGAUGAUGACGGCAACUACACUGUCAUGGCAGCUAACCCCCAGGGACGAAUCAGCUGCUCUGGUCAUUUGAUCAUCCAAACGGGUCCUCUCCGAAACCGAAUGACACCUAUGAUUCACUCUCAGAGGGUUCGGGCCCGCAUACAGGAAGUGGAAGAGGGUGAACCAACCCAGGAGCGCUUCUUCCGACCUCACUUCCUCCAGGCUCCAGGGGACAUGGUGGCUCAUGAGGGCAGAGUCUGUAGAUUAGACUGCAAGGUGAGUGGCCUACCAAACCCAGAGCUGAUGUGGCUGAUCAACGGGAGGCCCAUCUACCCAGACUUCUACCACCGGAUGCUGGUGAGGGAGAACGGCAUCCAUUCCCUUGUCAUAGACCCUCUAAAACAGGACGACGCUGGGACAUACACCUGCAUCGCCAGCAACAAAGCAGGACAGAGCUCCUUCGGUCUGGAGUUAAGAGUUGUGGAAAAAGAGAUGAAGCAGGCCCCCCAGUUUGUUGAGAAGCUCCAGAACACAGGCAUCGCAGAGGGAACCCCCGUCCGACUGGAGUGCAGGGUUCUGGGCAUGCCUCCACCUGUUAUCUAUUGGAAGAAAGACAACGACACCAUUCCUCACACCAAGGCCAGAGUCAGCAUACACCAGGAUGCCACUGGAUAUGUUUGCCUCCUGAUUCAGCCAACCAGGAAAGAGGAUGCUGGCUGGUACACCGUAUCAGCAAAGAAUGAGGCUGGAAUUGUUUCAUGCACAGCCAGGCUAGACAUCUAUGCCCAGUGGCAUAAGCAUGUUCCUCUGCCUAUGAAAAAGGCUCCGCGGCAGGGCAGUCGCUAUGCAGUGCUGACCGGCCAAGGCCUGGACAUCAAAUCUGCCUUCCCCACAACGGACAAUAGCCCCAUCCUGUUCUCCAGCUCCCCUGUGGAGGCACAGCUGGAGAGUGAGGAGCUGUGAGGAGCAGACGUACUUCACCAUAGGGUUGUAAAAGUCUGUAAACUUUCCCAUAAUGCACAGGGUUUUCCGAAAUUCCAAAAGUUUAGGAAUUUUGUUUGAGAAUUUUAUCAACCUACUCCACCACCACCACCACCACUCUAAUCACUACUGGCCCUUUGAACCUACAAACUACUCUUCUCUGGAGUCUCAUAGGGCUGGUUUCCCAGACACAGAUUCAGCCAAAUCCUGAACUAAAAAGCAUGCCCAAUAGAGAAUCUCCAUUGAAAGUGCUUUUAGUUCAAGACUAGGCUUAAUUUGUGCCUGGGAAACCGGGUCCCAGAGUUUAGUCUGCUCUACCUCCUAAUGACUAAUCUACUAGUUCAUCUAAUCUGUGGUGGCCAGUGGGAUGGAAGAGCAGGACUAUAAUCUUAGCAGUUUGUGUCAUCUGAUUUGUGUGAUACAUUUGAUGUGAUACAUUGAAAUUACAAUGACAAAAACGGUUAGAUUUCCAACUGGCAACCUAAUGCUUUGUUUGUUUUUCUGCCAUUCCUAUUGAAUUGUAUCAUUUCAUUUUAUUCACACAAAACAGACAAACUUGCCAAGUUUUAGUUCACGGCCACCGAGUCAACUAUCAUCUUUUGAUAGGUCUGAUUUCUUUAUGGUUCAUUUUGUUCUACUUUUUGAUUAGUUAGUUAUAUAUUGAGAAGGUUGUUGAAUGUUGAUGAUCAUGACAUCAUUUCAUCAUCAUACAUUUUCAACCUGUUCUUAAUCUUUAGCAAAUUGACUGUUUCGUUUGGACAUGGUUGUUGUAUGGUUUGUUUUUAUUUCAAACGUAUAUAUUUGUGGCAAAUAAAGAUAGUUUUUUUUUUUUUUUUAUGUUUAUAUAAAAUAUAUGUGCAUUAAAUGUAAAUCAAAGAAAUACACUAAAGGAAAGCCAAACUGACAAAUUAAAUUGUACACAUGCAUACAUUGAGUGGGGGAGGUGCUACUCAAUAUUAGGAAUGUGUUCUUAAUGUUUUGUACACUCAGUGUGUAUAGCAAGUACUAUGAAUAUGACCAGGUGAAUCCAGGUGAAAGCUAUGAUCCCUUAUUGAUGUCACCUGUUAAAUCCACUUCAAUCAGUGUAGAUGAAGGGGAGGAGACAGGUUAAAGAAGUAUUUUUAAGCCUUGAGACAAUUGAGACAUGGAUUGUGUGUGUGCCAUUCCGAGGGUGAAUGGGCAAGACAAAAUAUUUAAGUGCCUGGGUUUUUCAUGCUCAACAGUUUCCUGUGUGUAUCAAGAAUGAUCCACCACCCUAAGGACAUCCAGCCAACUUGACACAACUGUGGGAAGCAUUGGUGAACAUGGGCCAGCAUCCCUGUGGAACGCUUUCGACAUCUUGUAGAGUCCAUUCCCCGGCGAAUUGAGGCUGUUGCAACUCAAUAUUAGGAAGGUGUCCUUAAUGAUUUGUACACUCAGUGUAUAUAGCAAGCUCUACUAUGAAUAUGUCUUUACAAUUUGAUAUCUAGAGUUGGUUCGACAAUAUGAUUGAAUUUCCCUUGAUGUUCAAUUAAAACAGAAUAUUUCACAUCGAAUACAUGAUUUGUAAAUGCACACUUUUGCACUGUGGUUCUGUUGUGUUUUGAGUCCAUACUGAUAGCAUAUGGAAAAGCAAGUGUAAGCAAAGGAUGGCAUUUUAGUAGUGCAAAAGCAUUGUGCGAAGUGCAAAAAGACCCACUGUAAGCCUCAUUAUAAACUUGCAGUGUGAUUACAUUUGAAACUUUUCUGCAAGAAUGUGUGUUAUAAGGUGGCGAUCAUUUGACAAGAGUUUAGUCAACCGAACAAUACAUAAAUAGUCACCUCUUUAUAACACAGUUUGAAACGAAGCCAGAUUGGAAUGGGGUUUAUGGUCAUUUUUGCACUUUGCUCAAUGCUUUUGCAUUACGAAAAUGGCUCUGUUUCUUCUCACUGCCUCAUAAAUGGAUAGUCGUGCUUACAGUAGCUUACAGUACACCAGGAGCCUUAUCCAAGGAUUGCAUUUCAAACACUAUCAUGAUGUUUACUUUACAGAAAUGCCUUUUUAAGGUGAGGAAUUUGAGCUGCUAUUUCUGCUGUAUGGAGAUAGGUAACUGAAUAUGUAAGUUAUUAUAUAUGAAAAAAACGAAAUUCUGACAGCAAUUUAUGCAAUAAUGUUCAUACAGCAGUAUAGUUGUACUUUGAAAAAUAUAGUCAUGUGUUUCAAUGUUAGUGGGUCUAGUGAUAGGAAAGAUAUUUGUUUGUUGGUAGGCACAUGUGCUUUAACAGAGUUCACUGAUAGAAUGAAAUGUAUGUGUGGGAGAAAUUAUGUUUUGAAGUUUUGAUGGAACUGUACACACCCUUGUAGCUAACAUGUGAUUUUUGAAAAACAGAUUAAAUGUUUGAACACAUAUUCAAUAAAUGUAAAGUUGCACCAUGUAAAAUAGUUUUUUCCCCUGAGAAUAAAGUUAUAUUUAUUCAAAAAUA